GAUAUUUAAAUAUUUUACAUCACAAUAACCAGAAUAGGAUCAAGAUUCUCUUUCUCUCUCUUUCUUUCUUGCUCUCAGAUUUGUGCUGUGAGAUCUGUUAGUGAAGAAGAAGAGAGAAAAAAUGGUGAGCAUAGGAGCAAUAUUGAAACAUCCAGAUGAAUUCCGUCCGCUUCUAAAGCUGAAAUUGGCAUCUAAACAUGCUGAGAAGCAGAUCCCUCAUGAACCUCAUUGGCAUUUUUGUUAUUCUAUGCUUCAUAAAGUUUCUCGUAGUUUCGCCCUUGUUAUUCAACAAUUAGGUCCUGAGCUUCGAAACGCUGUUGCCAUUUUUUAUUUGGUUCUCAGAGCGCUUGAUACUGUUGAGGAUGACACAAGCAUACCUAAUGACAUAAAGGUGCCUAUUCUGGAAGCUUUUCACCGUCACAUAUACGAUCGUGAUUGGCACUUCGCAUGUGGUACGAAUCACUACAAAGUUCUCAUGGACGAGUUUCAUCACGUUACAACUGCAUUUUUAGAGCUUGGAAAAGGUUAUCAAGAGGCAAUUGAAGAAAUAACCAAAAGAAUGGGUGCAGGAAUGGCUAAAUUUAUACUGAAGGAGGUGGAAACAGUUGAUGAGUACGAUGAGUAUUGUCACUAUGUUGCUGGACUCGUUGGGCUAGGGUUGUCGAAACUUUUCCAUGCUGCCAAUUUGGAGGAUUUGGCCUCUGAUUACCUCUCAAAUUCAAUGGGCUUAUUUCUUCAGAAAACUAAUAUUAUUCGAGACUACCUGGAGGAUAUCAAUGAGAUACCCAAGUCACGCAUGUUCUGGCCUCGCGAAAUUUGGAGUAAAUAUGUGAACAAGCUCGAGGACUUGAAAAAUGAGGAGAACUCGGAGAAGGCAGUUCAGUGCUUGAAUGAUAUGGUUACCAAUGCAUUACUGCACAUGGAAGACUGCUUAAAGUACAUGGCAGCAUUACGGGAUCCCGCCAUAUUCCGAUUUUGUGCUAUUCCUCAGAUCAUGGCAAUUGGAACACUUGCUUUAUGCUACAACAACAUUGAAGUUUUUAGAGGAGUAGUAAAGAUGAGGCGUGGUCUGACGGCUAAAGUUAUGGACCAGACAAAAACCAUGUCUGAUGUCUAUGGUGCUUUCUAUGAUUUUUCGCUAAUGCUGAAGAGCAAGAUUGACAAGAAUGAUCCAAAUGCCACAAAAACACUCAACCGCAUAGAAGCAGUACAGAAAGUUUGCAGGGAUUCUGGUGCGCUGAAUCACAGGACCUCGUACAUACUUGGCAACCAGUCAAUAUGCAAUUCAACUAUGAUAUUUGUGGUCUUCCUUGUGCUGGCGCUCAUGAUUGCGUUUGUCGCGACCAAGUGAGCGAUUAUUUCAGACAUGCACAAGUGGUUGCUACAAAAAUGCUUUUCAUCACUUCAACUGGGAAUUGAGUUUAUCUAUUUUUCUUUGUUUAGGUCAUAUUGUCUUUAGAUUUCAUGGUUGAUAUGUAUAUCUGGUUGGCUGACAAACUGUGCAAUGAAGUUGUGUGUAUUAUUUACAAUCUAUAAUUGGUAGUGCUAAUCCGACUUACAAUUCCAAGUAUAUACGCUGCUUUUAGUUUUCUAGUUCAGAUCAAAAGUGUGCACACGAAGUGCAUGUUUAUUGCUUAA